GAUUUUUGACAGAUGUUGGUACUGUGUGUGUUGUUCAGCAGCGCUCAGAUCCCUGCAGGGCUUCACGGUUCUUCUUCUCUGGGACGCUGCCGGACCCUCGCUAACUACUCAGGAUGUUUAGCUGGGUGGUUAAAGUCGUUCCGAAGCCGCCGGAGCCUCCGCCCAAAAAAGUUGAAGAGCAGAAGCUCGAGAAACCGGUGGCCCCGCCCCCUGCCGCGACUCCUCCCCCAAGUCAGGAGAAGAGAGUGACGUUUGUGGAUGAGUGCAAGCAGGAGGCUCUGAAAGAUGACAAACAGGAAGUACAGGCGGCGGGGGAGAACGGCCCGGAGCCUGUCGCUCAGUCCGGAGUGUUCAUGUGGUUCAACUCCUCUGUGCCCAAACCCGCACUCUCACCAAACCUGUGCCGGGCCAACUCCAUCACCAAGGAGGAAAACACAACAACCAGUAAACCUGAAGACGAGAAAGGGAUGAUUGCCUGGAUCUCCGGGGGUUUGGAGAAAGUCGUUCCUCAGCCCGACCUGAAGAGGAAGGAAACCCCGGCAGAACCCGAGCAGCACACCGAGGCUUCUGCGGCAGCUCCAGAGAAACCUGCAGAGCCUCAGAUCACCGUGGAGGAGCGAGAGGAACACACUCACAGCAGACCCCUCCCCCCCAGGAUGAUGGACUGGAUCAAACAGGGCUUAGAGAAAGUCGUUCCUCAGCCGGAGAGUCGCCCAAAGGCAGAAGCUCCUGCUGCGGCUAAAGCACCAGAACCAGCUCCAGAACCCAAAGCAGCUAACACUGAGAAGUCUUUGAAAGAAGGAGAGCUGAAGGCCAAUAUUAUGGGAUGGGUCGUCAGUGAGCUCGGCCGCAUGCUUCCUCAACCUGCGCUGAAAAUGGACGCAGGCGGUGACGAGGUGCAGAACAUCAGCAUCGUGCAGCAGAAGACCGAUCUGUUGCUGGAGGAUGUGGAACAGGAAGUGGAACAGGACGUGGAACAGGAAGUGGAACAGGACGAGAACAUCGACGACAAGCAGAAUGAGAAGAAGUUGCAGAGUCGAGACGCAGAGACCCAGAUGGAUCAAUCCACUCCAGUGAUGCACAGCGCCAAGAAGGAGGCUGAAGAGGCUAACCUGGAGGAACGACCACAGCAGGAUCCGCUGGAGGCGGCCCGCAUCGCAGAGGAGAUCGCCAGGAGGGCAGCGGAGGAAGCAGUCCGGCAGCUGCAGAUGGAGCAGUCGGCCAAAAGCAUGGAAAUGCUGCCAGUGUGCCACGAGCAACUACCCAACAUCCAGGAGGAGGAGAACGAAGACCUGAAGAGUGUGAAGGAGGACAGUCCGGCUGAAGAAAAGACCUCUCCUCCUUCAACUCAUGUGGAGCCAGCAUCGGAGAAGAGAGACCUGGAGAGUCCCAAAACCAUCCCCCCAGAACCAGAGUCACCAACAGCAGAAACCACCACCACAGAUCAGGUCGAGGCAGCAGAAAGUGAAUGUGGAGGAAGCUGUGCUCAUGGUUUGGUUGGAGCUCCGCUGCUGAGGGUGGAGGAUGUGGACUGGGAAGAAGGGCAGGAAAGAAGCUUGAACAUCCCUGAAAUGAUCAAUACUCCAGAACCAGAGGUCACCGCCCCUAUGUCACUGCUCAGUGCUGCAGGUGACCACAGAGAGGAAGGAAUGGAGGAUGGUCUCAAAGACAAUGAGAUGCGUCCUCUGUCUGCAGCUAGCGUCAGCAGCAUGGCGCUGCAGGACCGUCUGGUGCAGCUGGUCCAGAUGUUCAAAGGUCGAACGGAGCGUCAGAAGGAGCGUCUGAUGGACAUCGACGACUCCGAGGAGGACAGUCCUGCAGCCACUCCGAGCAAAGCCCCUCCCCCUCCUCCUCCUCCUCCAGAGGAGAAGAAGGACUCUCCUGCAGAUGAAGAUGAAGAGGAGGAGGAUGAGGAGGAUUUUUUACUCCCCUUUGAAAUUUUGGGACAUUCGGUGAAAAUUCCCAAACUUCCUGCGAUGCCGGACUGGCUCCGACCCAUCGUGGAGUACCGCUUCCCCUCCAGCAUCGACCCCUUCACCGAUCUGAUCUACGUGAUCUGGCUCUUCUUCGUGGUGGCGGCGUGGAACUGGAACGUUUGGUUGAUCCCGGUCCGCUGGGCGUUUCCGUACCAGACCCCUGAUAACGUCCACCUGUGGCUGCUGGCCGACUACACCUGCGACUUCAUCUACAUCACCGACAUCCUCGUCUUCCAGCCGCGCCUGCAGUUCGUCCGUGGAGGAGACAUCGUGUGUGAAAAAAAGGACAUGAGAGAAAACUACAUGAAGACCGAGAGAUUCAAGAUGGACGUCUGCAGUCUGUUUCCCAUGGAGAUAUUUUACUAUUUCACCGGAGUGAACUCCCUGCUCAGAUUCCCUCGCCUGCUGAAGUACAUGGCUUUCUUUGAGUUCAACGACAGAAUGGAGGCUGUGAUGAAGAAAGCGUACAUCUACAGGGUGAUCCGAACCUCCACCUACCUGCUGUACUCUCUGCACAUCAACGCCUGCCUCUUCUACUGGGGCUCCGACUAUGAAGGACUGGGCUCCACCAAGUGGGUCUACAACGGGAAAGGCAACGCUUAUAUCCGCUGCUACUACUUUGCGGUGAAGACGUUGAUCACCAUCGGAGGACUGCCCGACCCCACCACCGUCUUCGAAAUCUGCUUCCAGCUACUCAACUACUUUGUCGGCGUCUUUGCGUUUUCCAUCAUGAUCGGGCAGAUGAGAGAUGUGGUCGGGGCCGCGACGGCCGGGGAGAAUUACUACCGAGCGUGUAUGGACAGCACGAUGAAGUACAUGAACUCUUACAAAAUCCCCCAAGUCCAGAACCGCAUCCGCACCUGGUACGACUACACCUGGAAGAGCCAGGGCAUGCUGGAUGAGCAGGAGCUCCUGGUGCAGCUUCCUGUCAAGAUGAGGCUGGACAUCGCUGUGGACGUCAACUAUGCCAUCGUUAGUAAAGUGGCUCUGUUCCAGGGCUGUGACAGACAGAUGAUGUUCGACUUGCUGACGAGACUCAAAUCUGUCGUCUACCUGCCUGGAGACUUCGUCUGCACGAAGGGGGAGAUAGGCCGGCAGAUGUACAUCAUCCAGCAGGGGGCGGUGCAGGUGGUGGGGGGUCCGGACCUGCAGACGGUGUUUGUCACCAUCAGAGCGGGUGCUGUGUUCGGGGAGAUCAGUUUGCUGGCGGGCGGCGGUGGAAACCGGCGUACGGCCGACGUGAGGGCGCACGGCUUCGCUAACCUCUUCAUCCUGGACAAGAAGGACCUGGCAGAGAUCCUGGUGCACUACCCCGAGUCCCAGAAACUCCUGCGCAAGAAGGCCAAGACGAUGCUGUCCAAGGAUAAGAAGCCAGACGAGAAGGUGGCGGUCAAAGAGGUCCUCCCACCCCGAGCAGACACCCCCAAAAUGUUCACGGCGGCACUGAAGAUGUCGCAGCAGCAGGGACUACAGGGAACCUUCUCCACUCUGAGGAAAACCUACAAAACCUCGGAAGGAACGGCCGAGAUGCCCCCCCCCUCUCCGAUGCACCGCCGCAGUCCGAUCCCACGUGUCACGGUGCAGGACGGAGAGGACGCCGUGUCGGAGACGCCCGACGCAUCGAUCACCAUCCGGAUGACGCCGCGGCUGCAGGGCGAGGAGACGCUGUCUGUGGAGGUGCCGAAGAAAGACUGAGGAAAAGACUCUGUUUCCCACAAUGCAUUUCAGCAACCUUGAGGGAAGUGACAUGGCUUUCAGACCUCGAGAGGAAGACUACAAACCCCAGUGCAUUAUGGUCUCUGUGUACAAACUGCUCUCUGCUUCUUCUUCAUCCUCCUUGGUUCGACACCUUUUGAAUUCAUAAGUGAUGAUAAACCUUUUCUUGAUUUACUGAAUCCCUUUCCUCAGCGGACCCUUCUCAUUAGGGAACAUUACUUAGUGAAAUGAGCGUCAGUUUUUCUAAUGAUGAUGACAUUUUCUGCAUUUAAUAAUAAUGUGAUGAACUGAACAUCAAAGGUUAAUACACAGGAGUGUGUGAAGGAUCCUCUGAUCUCAGAGAAUAUCCAGGUUUGUUUUCGUUAAAUAGCGACUUCAUUAGUUCGUUUACUACUUCACAGUACAGAGGGUUGUUCUCAUAUAUUCCUGGGUUUCUCUUCAUGAAUCUACCUCUCAGAGAAUAUUUAUUUGUUUUCGUGAAUUUCAUCGUUUUUUCUCAUUUAUUUACCAUUUUAAAAUCAGGGAGUGAUUUUGGACUCUAGCUGCCCCUCCCCCGCUCCGUCAUGCACUUCAUAUUUGAUCUACUGCUCAAGUAGUCACAUCUUCUUCCAGCAUCAAUGCUUACAGAUAACCUUUCUUACUCAUCUUGCUCGUGUUACAUGGACAUCAAUUACUUAUUUAAAUCUAUUACAGAUUGAUAUGCAGUUUAUGAAAUAAUAAAAAUGUAGGAACCAAACUUUAA